UUCUAAUAAAUUCUAAAUAACUAAAUAUGUAUUUCUAAAUUAAAAAUUUUAUAUCAAAUUUUUGGAAAGUAGAAGACAGAACCAAUAAGUAAAAAUGAAAUUAAUUCUAACAACUAUUCCGCUAAUUACUUGUUUUUCCUUGGUUAACGGCGAAUGUCAGGAUCCUACCGUGGCAACAACUGGUUCUGGAAUACCACUCAGAGACAGAUUUGCAAUCCGUACGGUAGGAUGUAGAGGACCAGUUCCGAUGGAAGCCGCAGAAUUUUUGGAUGAUCAGUCUCAUAUUGACCGGGAACGUAUUCCAGAAAGGAUAGUUCACGCAAAAGGUUUCGGUGCGAAAGGUUUCUUCGAGGUUACGAACGAUAUAACAAAAUACAGUGCCGCCAAGGUAUUUUCUUCAAUUGGGAAAAAGACACGAGUAACAGUUCGCUUUUCGAAUGGGUUUGCGGAUAAGGGUGGUGCAGACACUCAAACCGAUAUCAGAGGAUAUUCAAUUAAAUUUUACACAGAGGAAGGCAUAUGGGACUUGGUGGCGUUAAAUUUGCGUGUCUUCGUUAUAAACGACCCGAAGUUAUUUUCUAGUUUAGCUCACGCAUCCAAAAGACAUCCAACAACUAACCUAAUGAAUGCAACCACGUUUUGGGACUUCUUGACCCUUAGGCCAGAAUCGACACAUGGUUUAAUGUGGUUAUUUUCUCAAACAGGAUUCCCGUGCUCAAUGAGAAACUUGAAUGCAUUCGGCAUUAACACUUUCAGGUUGGUAAACGCAUCCAGCGAAUACGUUUAUUGCAAAUUUAAUAUUAUAACAAAUCAAAAGAUCAGAAACUUAACUAUCGAGCAGACAACAAAGCUGCUGUCUACUGACCCGGAUUAUUAUCAAAGGGAUAUGUUUUAUUCGAUAGAGAAAGGUAACUUUCCGUCUUGGACUCUGAAAAUUCAAGUAAUGACUCAAACAGAAGCUGAUUCAGCUCCAUUCAACUAUUUAGAUACAACAAAAUCAUGGCCUGAAGAUAAAUAUCCAAUGAUCGAAGUAGGUAGAAUAAUUCUAAACGAAAAUCCAGCAAAUCAUUUUGCAGAAGUAGAACAAAUAGCUUUCUCGCCAGCAAAUUUGGUUCCCGGUAUUCAAACCUCGCCUGAUAAAAUAUUACAAGCAAGAGUGUUUUCAUAUAUGGACACCCAAAGGUACAGAAUAGGUAACAACUUCCAACAACUUCCUGUUAAUCGGCCGAUAAACCCAGUUCACAAUAAUCAACGCGACGGUCAUAUGGCUUUCGAAAAUCAAGGAGGUGCUCCCAAUUAUUAUCCAAAUAGUUUCGGAGGACCAGGAUCUUCAUGUCGAGCUAAGAAUUUAUCUGCUCCAUACUAUGCAUCUGGCUACGUUCGGGAAUAUCUAUCAGAUACAGAUUAUUUUUCACAGCCGAGAGAUUUCUAUGAGAACAAACUUGAUGAUGAAGGCCGAAAAUUCCUCAUUAGUUCCAUAGUUAAAUCUCUUAGCCAAGCUUUCGAAUUUAUUCAAAUUCGCGCUAUUAUUAUGUUUGCGAAUGUAAAUCAAGGUUUUGCUCGUGGCAUAACAGAGGAAUUACUUGCAAUUAAAGGUCAACCGGAAGCUUUAGCUUUUUGUGGUAUUGACGUAUGUAGUCCUUAA